AUGGGAAAUCUUUCACUGCUAAUUCGGCCCUCCAUUUUCACCAGAGUUCACACUGGAGAGAGACCUUAUGAGUGCAGUGAAUGUGGCAAGUCUUUUGUCCGAAGAAAUAGCCUGAGCGUGCACCUAAAGGUCCACUCAGUCAACUCAACAUUCAUUGAACACCAGAGAAUUCACACUGGAGACCGUCCUCAUGAAUGCCGUGAUUGUGGGAAAUCUUUUACUUUUAAAUCUGCCCUUCAUUCCCACCAGAGAGUUCACUCAGGUGAAAGGCCUUACAAAUGUAAUGAAUGUGGGAUAUCUUUGAACUAUAAGUCAACUUUCAUUCAACACCAGAGAAUUCAUACAGGAGAAAAACCUUACCUGCGCAGUGAAUGUGGGAAAUCUUUUAGUUAUAGCCGCGCCCUCCGGUGUCAUCAUCAGAGUCACCUUGCAGUAAGUCCUUACGAUUGUAGUGAUUGUGGGAAAUCUUUUACUUGUAGUUCUUAUCUCCGUGAUCACCAGAGAGUUCACACUGGAGAAAGGCCUUAUAAGUGCAGUGAAUGUGGGAAAUCUUUCACUUCUCGUUCCCUCCUCCGUUCUCACCAGAGACUUCACACUGGAAAAAGGCCUUAUGAGUGCAGUGAAUGUGGCAAAUCCUUCUUCCAAAGAAAUACCCUGAAUGUACACAUAAAGGUUCACUCAGGUGAAAAGCCUUACAAGUGCAAUGAAUGUGGGAAAUUGUUGAAGUACAAGUCAACAUUCAUUCAACACCAGAGAAUUCACACAGGAGAAAGGCUUAUGCUUGCUGUGAAUGUGGGAAAUCUUUUUUCAGUUAUGGUGCGCUCAAUUAUCAUCACAGAGUUCACACUGGAAAAAGACCUUAGGAGUAGUGGGGAUGUGGGGAAUCUUUCAGCUAAAUUUCUAAUCUCAUUCAGCAUGAGAAAGUACACAGUAGAUAAAGUCUGUGUGGGUGAAAACGUGAACUAAAGGGUUCUGUUCUCUAAUGUUGCUAUGUUGACUCCUGUCCUCUAAUGCAGUAGGAGUAGCAGAUGAUGUCUUUGGGAGGUAAUUGAUACUAAAAUGGAUCAUGUGUGUGAAUUCCUAAUGAAUGGUGUUAAUGUGUUGG